AUGAGCGUUCCCUCAGAUGACGAGUACGAGGGGAUGCCCCCUCCGACGAUCCGCAAUGCUUACGCGGACGACACCAUAAAGAUCAUGCUGGCCACGGACAAUCAUAUAGGCUAUCUGGAACGAGAUCCUAUACGUGGGCAGGAUUCCAUAGAGGCGUUCAAGGAGAUUCUGCAGCUUGCGGUGAAGCAUGAUGUGGACUUCAUCCUUCUGGCCGGAGAUCUAUUCCAUGAAAACCGACCGUCAAGGGACUGCCUAUACCAAGUCAUGGCGUUGUUACGGGAGUACACACUUGGAGACAGACCAAUCCAGGUCGAGCUGCUGAGUGACCCGAACGACGGGAAGCCAGCGAGCUAUUCUUUUCCAGCAAUCAACUACGAAGACCCCAACUUAAACGUGGCCAUACCUGUGUUCUCCAUUCAUGGGAACCACGAUGAUCCGCAAGGUGCCGGACCAGAAGGUGCUCUCUGCGCACUGGACAUGCUCUCUGUCACUGGUCUCAUCAACUACAUGGGCAAAAUCGACCUGCCAAUGAACGACGCCGAAGCGCAGGACACCGGUAUCGCCAUUCGGCCCGUUCUUCUACGGAAGGGCAACACUCGUCUUGGACUCUACGGUGUAGGGAACGUGAAGGAUCAGCGUAUGCACUUUGAGCUUCGGAGCAAUCGCGUGCGGAUGUACAUGCCGAAGGACAAGGACAGUUGGUUCAACAUUCUGCUCUUGCACCAAAACCGGGUAGCCCACGGACCGCAGCAGUCGGUCCCGGAGGGGAUGUUUGAUGACAGCAUAGAUUUGGUCGUCUGGGGCCACGAGCACGACUGCCGAAUCAUUCCUGAGCCUGUUGCUGGAAAACGCUACUAUGUCACCCAGCCAGGUUCCUCUGUCGCAACGUCUCUCGCGGACGGGGAAGCGAUCGAGAAGCACGUCGCGCUGCUGAAGAUACAGGGCAAGGAGUUCGAGCUCACACCAAUACCUCUACGGAGCGUGCGUCCCUUUGUCAUCGACGAGGUCGAUUUGAGUGAGGCAGCAGAGGAGCUUGGCUUUGACCUCACCGACAAGAUCGAAAUAAGCAAGUACUUGAAGAACAGGGUCAACGAGCUCAUCAACAAAGCCAACGAACAAUGGGACGAACGCAACGCGCGCGCCCUCGAGGAAGGCGAGCCCGAGCUUCCGCGCCCCCUCCCGCUCAUCCGCCUCAAAGUCGAGACCACUGGCGUCUCAGAGAUGUCCAACCCCGUGCGGUUCGGGCAAGACUUUAUCGGGCGCAUUGCGAACCCGCGCGACGUGCUCACGUUCCACCGCUCGAAGAGCAAGGGCGCGAAGGGCAAGGGAAAGAUCAAGGCGGACGUACCGGAGCUGAGCAUCGACGACCCGGACCUGACUGUGGGCGAGAAGCUGAGCAAGGUGCGGGUGCAGACGCUGGUGAAAGAGUAUCUGGCGGCGCAGGAGCUGCAGCUGCUAGGCGAGGCGGGCAUGUCGGACGCGAUUGAGUUGUUUGUGGAUAAGGAUGAUUCGCAUGCGAUCCAGACGCAUGUUCACAGCGCGCUCAGGUCAUUGAUGAAGGGCGUGCAAGCUAGCGAGGGCGAGGUCGACGCCGAUAACAUCGACGAGCUGGUGGAGCAAGUGCGCGAGCAGCACGAGCAGCGAUAUCUCCAGAAGCGAACCGAAGAGCCGGCAAAGGGCAAGGGUAAGGCGAAGGCAGCAGAGGAGUCUGACGCGUCCGUAGACUCCAUGAUGAUGGACGUCGACCAGGGCGGCUCCGACUUUGAUAGGCAGAUGUCGGAUGCGCCGCCUCCACCGAAAGCCAAGGGCAGGGCAGCCCCCAAGAAAGCCGCUGCGCCCGCAAAGAAAGCGCCUGCGCGAGGCAAGAAGGCAGCAGCUCCUCCAUCGGACGACGAAGACGAGGACGAGAUAGAAGAUGAAAUCGUGCCUCCCAAGCGGACGAACCGGGCUGCUGUUCUCAGUCAAUUGACGAAGAAAGCCCCGGCUAGGAAGGCUACUGGUACGAAAGCAGCUGCCUCAGGUAGUAAGCAGACGCAGGCGACUCUCAACUUCGCACCCGCCGGUCGAAUGUCCGCUCGCGCUGCUGCUACGAGGGCCAAGCGAAAGGUGGCUGAGACAAUCGAGCUUGAUAGUGAUUGAUUUAGAUGCAUGCUCGGGCAUUGUCUCGUAGUGCCUCUUGUGUAUCAUACGACCGGUACGGAUUGCGAUUGCGUUC